AUGAUCGAUGCAGCCAAUGAGACCAUGCCACGUGUCUGUGCUCCAGAGGCUGGCGUGCUUGCUUACAGGACCAGAAGUGUUGCUGAUGAAGGAUUUCUUUUUGAGAGGACCAGGAUUAACUCGUUUGACCAGGCCAGACUUCCAGGAACUGGGCAGGGUGGGCAGGGAAGGAAAUGGGAUGAUGCUUUUCCAACUCCUGGGCUAUGGGACGAUCUGCCAGGCCAGUCAGUAGCUGCCUUGCUGGCAGCAUGGGCAGUUGACAAGUGGACUGCCACGUCAGCAUUUAAUUGCCAGCUCAUCGCCAGGAUGGACAAAGAGGGAGAUGCUCUGGCCGUUGGCGCAAUGGCGCCUGAACAAAUGGUGAGGUUCCACGUGGCACGCGCGAUUGGGAGGGUUGCAAGGGAGCAGGAGAUGUGCUUAUUUGGAGGGAAAGGCGAUGAGAACGAUGAGAAAGGCGACGGUGUGUUAAGCAGGGUGGGCGCACGAGUGGCAGGGUGGAGGGAUGCUGUGGUGGUGGGGUCUCAGAAAAUCGUGGGUGGAGGGAGGGAGAUGGAGGAGAGGUCAGGAAGUGAAGGUGGGACGAUGGAACAAGGGAGAACCAAGGGAGAAGGAAUGGCAGCUGGGGCGGGAGGAAAAGGGCCAGGAGGAACAGGGGCAGCAGCAGCAAGUCUGUUUGUGAGGCCAGCAGCCAUACGCAGCUGGUCUGGCGCGUUGCUCAACUCAGCAAGCCCUCCUUCAUCUGCCUUUCAGCAACGAAGCACUGAUGUCAUGGUUGCCGCGCUGCAUGCCCUGCGCACACUUGCAGACGUCAGCGAUGAUGUGGCCCGCAUCAGCGAUGACGUGGCCCGCAUCAGCGAUGACGUGGCCCGCAUCAGUGAUGUUGUGGCCCACAGGCGUGACUCUGACGUGCCGUCUGCACAAGCUGCUCCCCCAGGGGGUGUGCGAGCAGGGAAGACAGUGGUGAUGCCUGCGGAUGAGUUGAGGGCGUGGGGCCCGGUGCUGGUGAGAUGGGCGUGUGGGGUGAUGGGUGGUGGAGGGGAAUCAAACGCAGGAGCAGGAAAAAUUGGAGAAAGAGGAGUGGAAGAAAAGGGAGGAGCAGGGGGAGAUAAAGGAGGAGCAGCAGCAGCAGGAGAGAGAGGUGCAGGAGGUGCAGAAGCAGCAGGGUUGCUAGGCAAAAGAAGAGGGCCGGCUAGGAGCUUCUUGGAGUCGAAUUUGGUGCCCUCUGCUGCCGUUGCUGCGACUGCAGCAGCUGGACAGGCUGUUCUCGUGGAGGUGCUAUCUGCUGCUGUUCACAUGGCACAUGAUGUCUCUUUCUCUUCGCAUUCUUCUGCUGCUGCUAUGGAUGCGCAUGGGGCUGAUGUGGCAUCGGGGGGAAAGGACAGGGGGGAGAAGUUGGAGCGAGGAAUGGUAGUUGUAGAGAAGGAGAAAGAGAAAGGCCUGAGAGGGACGGCAGGGCGGAGGAACAGGCGGGUGGGGAGAAGAGCUGAAAUAGUAGGGGGGCAGGCUGAUGGAGCAGUGGAAGGGAGGCAGGCAGGAGUGGAUGCAGAACAGGGGAAAGUGGAAAGGUACGAAGCUGGUAAGGAAAUGACAGAUGUGGCGGUGGGAGUAGGCCUGCUGUGGCUCUCUGAAAUGCUCAUGUGUGCUGUCCGGGAUGGGGAGGCAGCGAGGCUGGCAGUGAAAACUGGACGGGCGGGAGGGGGCUCAGGGGAAGUAGGGGGUGUGGGCAGGAAGGGAGAGGCAAGGAGGCAGGGAGUAAGCACGGAGAGUGUGGGGAUGACAGUAGCGACUAUGAAGUACCUUGAGUCGUUGUGGAGAGGAGGGAAGGGAGCAGAGGCGGGAGGGUCUUCAGCCUCACCUGCAGAUCAGCCCGGUAGGGUUCAUCCUGCUGGGAAAGCUCCAGAAAGCCAAGCAUUGCUGGGGGAAGUGGCAGCAUCUAACAAGGGUUUGCAUGGGGGGACAGCUGGGGCGAGUGCAAGUGGGAGUGCAGGAGACAAGUCAUGGUGGUCAUAUGUGAACCCGUGGAGUGGCUCGGGCGUGGCUGGGGCAGGGGGACAGGCAGCGGGGGCAGGCACAGGGCAGGCCCCGGGGGGGCGGGGAGAGCAGAGGAGUGGGGCAGUGAGCGGGACGGUGACUGGAGAGGUGAGAGGGGAGGUGAGAGGUGCACUGGGAGGGGCGUUGAGUGAGAAGCACCGCGCUGUGAGGGACGAGGCUCUCAGGUCCGCCAGCACUGCUGUUGUUCGCCUGGGGGAGGCGCUUGGGAGCGAGGCGUGGGGAUGGGGGAAAGCGGGUGGUGGAAGGGGCGGAGUGGGGGAAAGGAAGAGCGGAACGGGUCAAGUGAAUGGCGGUUUGGGGUCUGGGAAGGGGGAAGGCAGCAGAGUGCGUUCAGAGGGGCGAGAGGUAGAGGGGUCAGUGCGAGUAGGUGUGGAGAAAGGGGGUUUGGGAGAAACGGGAGGAGAGGACUCUGUACCGGUAGUAAUCGAUGCAGGGCUGGUAGCUACUAACGAGGAUAAACCUUCAGCCAGUGAUGAGCCUCCACGUGUGAAUGUUGUGGAGGCUCUGGAUGCGGCUGCAGCUGCGGUGAAAGCGCUUGCUGAGCUGGCGAGCGAGGAUUGGGAGAUGCAGGAGCAGCUGGUGGCAGGUGGAGGGGUGGAGCUGAUGCGGCGGCUGCUAAUUGUCCGUGCUACGUCAGCAGCUGCGACAGCUGGAGCCACAGCAGUGGUUCCUGCUCGUACUGCAGUAGCACCUCCUGCUGAUGCUGCAGGAGAGGAGGGGUUGGAAGCGGCCAGGGGUAAGCUCACAAAGCUCCAAAGGAAUGCCGCCCGGCUACUGGCCCAGCUGUCAGCUCACCCGGACUCAUGGGCGGCAAUCGCUGGAGAUCCGCUUCUUAUUGGCUGGCUUGAACAGUGCACCAGAGGGGGGACGCGUGAGAAUGCGAGGGAGAGGAGAGGCGGAGGGAGUGAGGAAGCGAGUGAGAAAGGGAGUGAGAGAAAGAGGAAGGCGGAAGAAAGCCAUAGGAGAGGAGAGCGGGAUGACACGGCUCAUUUGCAUCGCGUGCUCCGGUCAGCACAUGGCAGGAGAAGGUCCGAACAGUGGGAGCCUGACUGGGAGCAGUAUGACCGUCUGCUGUGUCACGCGUGUGUGAGCAAGAAGAUGCGAUCCAAUGCCCGCAAGGUGCUCUCACACGCCGCUCCCGCCCUGCAUGCUCUGCCACGGCCUGAUACUUCGCAUGCUCUGCCAGGGACAGCUUCUGUUGCUGCAAGCCAUACUGCCACGUCAGCCCCAGGCUGUCAGGAUGAGUGUGACGUGGCGGUGCCAGGCUGGCAGAAGCCAGGGAAGCGAUUCACGCCAAGGUAUGACGACGGCAUCUUCUUUGUCAACCCCACCAGUCCCUGGCUCCAAGCACACUCCCUCCCUUCCCCCCUCUCCUCUUGCUCCCCUUCCUCUUCCUCUUCACCUUCCUCCUCCUCCUCCUCCUCCUCUGUCGCCUCCUCUGCGUCCGCCCCCGCCCGCUCCUCUGUGAGCAUGCCCCCUGCGCCUCUACUGGAUGUGGUGUUUGUGCACGGGCUGAGGGGCGGACCCUUCAAGUCGUGGCGCAGGGGAGAGGCAGUGCCUGCUGUAGCGCCGCCUCCUGGACCAGCUGUGGCUCCUGUUGCGAAGCUGCCUGCAGUAGGGACGCCUGUAACGGGGGCGUCUGUAGCAAAAGCGCCUGUAGUUUUGGGCCCUGUUGAGGAGCGAAGGAUAGAGGGCGUGGUAGGAGAAGGGAUGCGAGAGAGUGGGGUUGCGAGAGUGAGUGAGGUGGUGGGUGAGAAUGAGAGAGGGGGUGAGAGUGUGGGGCAGGGUAGGGCAGGAGUAAUGAGUGGGGAUAUUAGGAGGGAGGCUGUGAGGCGAGGUGGGGAAAGGGAUGGAGGGAAGGAGGAAGGGGAGAGCGUGGGGGAUACGGAGGAGGGAAUACAUGCCAGAGGGGAGAGCGUGGGUGAGGUGGAGCCGUCAAAGUUGUUGGAGGCGACACUGAAGGAGGAGGAAGAGGGUGGCAAGAAGGGGUCGUGCUGGCCCUGUGACUGGCUCGCUAGGGACCUGCCUGAUGCACGAAUCCUCACCACCAAAUACAGGACGAACCUAUCGGAGUGGGCAGGGGCAACCCUUCCAUUACAGGACAUCAGCAUUCUGCUACUGCACAAGCUGGUGGCGGCGGGGGUGGGCGAGCGGCCAGUGGUGUUUGUGACGCACAGCAUGGGCGGGCUCAUUGUGAAGCAGAUGCUCGCUCUUGCGCGUGCCAGCGACAUACCAGAGAUUCGAGCCCUCGCCGGCAGCACAGCAGGCAUUGUAUUCUAUUCCGUGCCGCACUUUGGCAGCAGGAUUGCAGACUACUCCUGGAGAGCCCGAGCUGUGCUGCGGCCCGCACCUUCGGCGGACUGUCUGCGCAUGUCGUCGCCCCAUGUGGAGGGUCUCAACACCAUGCUGAGGCACAUGCACAAGCAGGGCAAGAUCCAAGUGCUCUCCUUUGCUGAGACGAAGGUCACGCCUCUGGUGAAGACUUACGGUGGGCUGACGCUACGACUGGAGGUGGUUCCACUGGAGUCGGCCUACCCGGGAUUCGGGGAGUUUGUGGUGUUGGACGGGACUGACCACAUCAAUGCUUGCAAGCCAGUCAACACUUCUGACCCCGCUUAUGCCAAUACACUACAUUUCCUUCUCAAGCUUCGAGAUGCCACUCAAAAGAACAUGGUAGAAGAAAAUAGGAGGGCGUAG